AUGGAUGGAAUUAUACCGUCGAGUUUGAUUACGGAUGAAUGGCGGCAGGCGUAUCUAGAGGUUUUGAAGGAAGUACGUGAUGAGGCGGUGGUGCGGAUGAGACAAGAGCAGUCCGACGAGGAGGAGGAAGACGAUGAGAAAGAAGAAGAAGAGGUGGUUGAUAUCCCUCUAUGCCACGAACUAGGCCUCUUCCUCAAAUACGCCAACGGCAUCCAAGAUCCUGAUUUUCGCUCCUCGGGGAUCUGCCCGUUCGAACCAGUCCCUGCUGUCGGGAUAACAGAGUAUGCCUUCUCCGAGCGUGCCAAUCUUGAGGACUACAUCCUCGACAAAGCGAACGUCGACGCCUACGUGGAUGAAGACCCGGAUGUUAAAGUCGGCUUCUUAACUGGGACCGGCUGGCGCGCACAGCACGAUGAAUGGUACAGUGCGUAUCUGUAUUAUCAUCAGGAGGAGGACUCGAGGAGCCCGGAUCCAUCUCUCAAAGACUGGGCAUGGCGUGUUUGUGUUUUUCAUGCUGGGCUGGAAAAUUCAACGGCUCUUUAUGGUCAGUAUCCACGGUUUAAUUCUCUUCCUGAGUUUUUGGAUUGGUAUAGUAGUUGGUUGGAGUUUGUGGAUAUGAAGGUGGUGAAGAAGAAUGUUCGGCGUCAUUGGGGCGAUGAUGAUUAUGAUUCGGAUAUGGAGUGA